AUGGCGGCGGUGGAGGUCAAGAUUGGUACCGGCGAGAGGAGGAAGAGGGUGGAGAGAGAGAGGAGGAGGAUUAGUCUGAGUGAAGGUGAGAAUUGCAGUGUUCGUAUGGAGGAGUUUGAGGGAGGAACAACAGUCGCUUGCAUGCCUUGCUCUCAUGUGUUUCAUGGCGAGUGCAUAGUAAACUGGCUUAGACAAGGUCACUACUGUCCUGUUUGCCCUAUGAGGUGCCGACUGAUUGAUGAAAACCUUUGCUUAAUUGGAUUGAUGUUCCUUUGA